AUGGGCGGAGGAACUCUCGAAGAUAACUCUGACCAAGGCCAACCCGGCAAGGAGGGCAUGAGGGCCAAGCGGCAGCUGAAGCGCUGGACCGAGGAUGAUAGCACCAUACUCCUGUUAUGUCUGCAAUUUAAGUGCAAUCAAGAGAAUAUCAAACUGCCGUGGACGGAGGUCGCCAAGCUCAUCCCUGGCCCUGUCACUGAGAGCUCAAUCAUCCAGCACCUAGCCAAGCUCCGGACCCGUCGUACUGCUGAGGAAAAGUGGAUUCCACCACCUCUCAAGCGCUCGGCAGCCGCUGGGGAGAGCAGAAAGACGGGGACUCGCAAGAGAGCCGCUGCAAAGAACCCCAAGGCCAAGCAGAACGGCGCGGUUGAAGACAGUGAGGAUGAUUUCAACUAUGAAUUCAUAACGGAUAAGAAGGCCAAAGACACAGUCACCAAGUCCCUGAGUCAGUCCGGUCGCAAGCAGACCAAGGACACCGCCCGCAAGUCUCGUGGUCAAAAGCGCCGCAAUGAUUCUCGCAAUGACUCCGAUCCCGAGUUCGAGCCCACCUCAUCCCGUCGUCGUCGCUCAGCCCCGGCGAGCAAGGACACAUCUGCCAAAGACAAAAAGAUGAAGGAGGGUGCCAUGGCUAAGACAGACGAUUCUAAGGAUGACAAUGAGUCGGGUGAGGAGUGCGAGAAGCGUCUGCUGUGCGUGGGAGCCCCGUUCCUUCGCUUUGAAGACUCUUGCACUCCAAAUAAUGAGUCGAUUUACUCCACUGACUCCAUUGUUUCCAGAGAAUCUGCUGGGUUCAGCCCAGUAAACGAGGAGACAUCCAGCAAGAUCCUUCGCCUGAAGGUCCCUCGAAUCUCCGAUCUGCUCAACCCCGCGGAUCCUGCGUCAACCAACAAUUCCUCCGUGAUCGAUAUCCCGGCCACCACGGCCGAGCAGUCUAAGAUACAGGACGAGCCCUGGCUGUAUCAGCCCCCGGUUCCUGGUCGCACGACACGGUAUGUGCGCCACGAUAUCAACCCCUAUGUUCCGCACCCGAGUCUGUCCGCUGGCAAUAUGCCCAUGAUUGCCUCGUCCUGGAGCAAUCUGAGCACUCAAUACCUACAGGACCCGCUGUACUCUUCGGUUGGCGCGGACAUAUCUUCCCUCACUCUGCCGCCCAUUACCAGCACCAAUCACCACUGGCUUCACAGACUGCCGAAUGGGUUCACCAACCAUGAUGACAAUACAGGCCAGGGUCAGCAGGAUCCUCCGGACAAUAGCUUCUCGUCAUCUGACUUCAAUGCUGAUUUCGGUACUCCGGAUUUCUGGGCAUAG